AUGGAGAAAGGAUAUAAGAAACCUCACCGCAAUCUACUGCAAAGCACCGAUUCAUGUAGCCUCCGCAGGGAGAGUUCGAAUCAGUUCAUAGAUUUCUGCUCUCAAGUCUCACAAACGGAAGAACUUGACAAUAAACCAUUGAGUGAGCCCAUCAAAAAAGAACCUGAAAAAACGGAUGACAAGAAACAAGCUGCUAAGCCAUGUAAAGACUGCAGCAAAGACAAAUCUGAGAAAAUACCUGAUAAGAAGCAAGCUGCCAACCAACGUAAACCCUGUAAAGACUGCAGGAAGAAAAUAACCGAAAUGCUAAAGCCUUACUCCGAACCCUGGGAGAGACAGGAGGAAAAACACGAAGAAUUAAGAGUUAAGCUGAACUUAAAGGUCAGAGGUUAUGAAAAGGCCAUCAUUACUCAGAAGAACACUCUGGUGGGAGCAAUACUUGCUACAGAUGGAGAUAAAAAGAGGGUUUUUGAGGUGAAGUCGGAGCAUUUUGACACAUUUUUGAAGGAGUCUCCUUUUCCAAAUAAAACCUACAGCUCUUGUGCUGUUGUUGGGAAUGCUGGGAUCCUGGCAAACAGCAGCUGUGGAAAAGAUAUUGACUCAGCUGAGUUUGUCAUCAGGUGCAACCUUCCGCCUUUAAGAAAUGGAUACGAGAAACACGUUGGGGUCAAGACAGACCUUGUGUCAGCAAAUCCAAGCAUACUUUUACAAAAGUAUGACUCUCUUUUGGGAAGUCGACGGAAGUUUAUGGAGAAACUGUGCCAAUACGGAAGCUCCAUGAUUUUGCUUCCUGCGUUUUCCUAUGUCAAAAACGUAGCUCUCUGCAUGCGGGCUUUCCACACGAUUCAAGACUUUGGGAGCCCCAUGCAACCAAUCUACUUCCAUCCAGAGUACUUAAAGGAUCUUGACACGUUCUGGCGCUCUCAAGGAUGGGAGGCUGUGCGUCUCAGCUCUGGCAUGAUUGUGACAAGCAUGGCGCUGGAACUGUGUGACACCGUCGACCUGUACGGCUUCUGGCCAUUCGGUCUUCACCCACAGACCUUCAAGGAGCUGACCAACCAUUAUUACGAUGACAUGACAGGAAGGAGAGGAUUCCACGCCAUGCCGGAGGAGUUUAAGCUCUUGUUGCAGUUACACAGCGAGGGUAUACUUAGGCUCCACCUUGGUGACUGUGAAUCCAAUGGAGAGUAGUCCAAUAGGGAUAAAAAGCAUAGUGCUGUGUGUAUGUAAGGGUGUGUUGGCGUGUGCAUGUGCAGGUGUGGUUCUGCGUUAAGCAGAGGCCUAGGCAAGCAAAUCCUCCUGCCACCCAAAACAAAACAAAAUGGAGGAAAUUAUUUAUAUUCUGUUCUGGGAUAAAUGCAAAGCAGUCCAGAAACAAGUUGUCAGUAGGAUGUGCAAACUGUCUGUUGGAAUACCCCUCUCCCUUUUAAUGCUGCCCUGGGCAAGUGCCUAUUGACCCUUUGCAAAUAGUCACUCAAUCAUUCGAGGCGCCAUGACGGAUGUCGGAAGUGAGGGUUGGGAGUAUUUUACAGAGCAACUGAAAUAGUUUUUCCAAGAUAUUUUUGUCAUUUAUUUAUGGCCUCUACUUGUUCGGGUCAAGCCAAUUUGUCUGUGAACAUGAUUGGGGCUCAUAGACGGUGGUAUUAACAAAAGUUUGAAAUAGCUAGCUUAGAAACCGACCCAUACUUCCUCCAUUAUGAAGUGUUGAUCAAAUUACCGACUAUGCUUGAAUUCAUACCUCAUGAUUUAUAUCACUAUGUCAUAAACGGCCCUUCCCCUUUUUUUGGAGGAGGGGUGUUAUUAUUCUUUUAUAAUUACUUGCAUGGUGGGAUCUGUAGUUUGCAGUCUUUUACACUUGAUGUUAGAUUUAAACAAUUUUAAAUUGUGUUGAUGUAAAAAAAAGUACUUUUUAUACUUACUGUGAGCUUAGCACACAGCAAAAAUAGGAGACAAAUUGAAGAUGAUUCAAAAUCAGUGGAAAUUCUACUGCAUUUUAUGUGAACCAUUAUGAAUUUUGAACUGUGUGAAUGCUGCUGUUCAAAAUGUUUUCAUUUGUAACAUUUAAUCCUGAAGUAAUUCUUGAAUGCUAUUAGUACUGUGACCACUGCUGUUAAUAAUUUAUAUCAUAACAUUGACUUCUGUUAUGAAAAUAAAAACCCUGACGUUAUAGAUGCCUGGCUCACUGAGAGUCAGUUGUAGAUUAAUGUGAAAAGCAUUCUGAAAGAGGAAAUAUGAAGUGAACAUUCUUAAAUAUUUAUUAUGAAUCUGAAUGUUUCUGCUAGGAAAAUGGAAGGAAUGCUUUUUCACAUCCAUCGUUAUCCUGAAACCUUUAAGUGUUCAAGGUCACUGAGAUUUAAUGCAGAAUUUAACUUUUUUUAAGCAAGUGAAAUAUUUGUAAAGUUCUCCAGGGUACAGAUCAGAAGGAAUGUCGUGGGAUAGAUGCAUAUAUUAAAGUAUUUUUCCAAGGGAUCACAUUUUAUUACUUUUAACAUUUUACACAGUUCCUUACAAAAGUGUUUGCACCCUUUGAUUCUUUCACAUUUUGUCGCUUUAUAUCUAUAAAUCUAAAUGUUCUGUUGGGAUUUUCAGUACAACAAAGUAAUGAGUAACUAUGAAAGGGGUUUUUAAAUGGUUUUCCUAAUAAAAAUCUAAUAAGUCCAUGCAUUUGUAUUUAUCUAAUUAGUAAAUAGUCUCCAUGUGUAGGUAAUUUCUUCUCAGGUGUUCAGUGAAAACCUCAGAAGGAACAACUGGCAUCAUGAAGACCAAAUGAACGCAGCAGACAGGGAGGAAGGUCUGGAGAUGUUUACAUAGAAAUAGAGAUAUCCUUUACUGUCACAUCACUUGGGAAAUCCAGGUGUGCAAGCAGCAAAUGAAGGCAUGUAGGUUCACACAAAGGUACAAAAAUAUAAGAACAAAAAAUAAGAAAUAACAUACACACAUAAAAAAGAAAUACUGUAGAUAUUACAGGCAUAUCGUGGAAAAAACUCUUAAGGUUUCAGUACUUUACCUAUUAAACUGGGGUGGUUUGGUCCAUCAGUUUAAAAAGGUAAUACAUAAACAGUUAACCAGAUAAAGACCUAUCUGUUUUGAAAUGUAUUUAACUUUAAGUACUGUGCAAAAUAAAAGCAUUUUGACCAUUUUGUUGGGCAACCUUUGUAUUCUCUCUGGGACCAUUUUCACCUCGCUGUUAAAGGUUCACCCACCAAAAGGACAAAACAAACAGUCAGAGAUGCAAUGAAACAGUUUGGAUCAAAGCACAUUUGUGAGUUAAAACGGCCCAGUCAAAUCCAGUUAAAAAGUAUUUACAAGUCUUGAGAGCGUACAGAUUCUCUCCAUCCAAUCAGGAGCUGUAAAAAUUUCACACUCACAGUUCUAACGUUUUUAUUUGUAACAUUUCUUGUAAGAAAUAAGAUAAAGUUUUAUGAUUUAUUAAUGUGAAAUUUUUCCUUAGGCUCACCAAACAUAAAAUAAAACAGAUUGAUACAUUCAUACAUGUACUAUUUUUCUCUCAUAUCAAA